CUGUGGUGUUCCCCAGCCCAGCCCUCACGCGUUGUGUGAAUGUCACCGCUGUGCACACAGCAGCGAGCCGUGCAGCUUGAGGGACUCCAGGAGAAGUCAGACCAUCCAGCCGCUUGCAAGCCCUGGUAUAACACAGCUUUCCUGGGGCGAAGUGCGCAUGAGCAGCGAGGGCAGAUUUAAGGACGGCCUUCAGAAACAGAUGUCAGACGCUGUGCUGUAGCAGCAGUCAUUGUGCUGAAAAAUCUGGAAUGCUUUUAAGUCAACUGAAAAUAAGCUCACGUUCCAGUCUAUCAGCUGCCUGCUUUGAGCAUAACUUGACCAGGCAGUGGAAGAGAAAGUCCCAGGGGAACCUUUGCAGAAAGCUGUGCAGAGGGGGGAGAAAAGAGCAUCACACCCCAAAAUCUGACACAUACAAAGAAGGAAGAGGCUCAGCUCAGAGUCAAACAACAAGAGGUCAUAAAUUCAGUGUCUUCAAAGAAAAUGUCAUUGUUGGAAGAGGAUGACUAGCAUUUCUACAACUAAAGAUAUCUCUUACAAGCCUGAAAGGAAACUUGGCACAUUAUGUGAGGAAGCAGCAGGCUGCUACUGCCUCUGUGAUUACAGAAAAAUAAAUUAUAUUGAGGACCAGAUUUUAAAAAGCUCUUCUCUUCCUUUCUGAACAGAUCUGAACAUUCCAAAUGCAGAAAUGAUUUGGCAACUAACAUCUUAUUGGACAUCCCUGGUCACACCCCUGAUUUUCAGUCUGCUUCUGCAGCCACCACUUACACAGCUUUCCAUCACCACACAGCCAAACAUUGUCCUAUUGAUGGCUGAUGAUCUCGGCAUAGGGGAUGUAGGUUGCUAUGGGAAUGAUACUAUCAGGACCCCGAACAUUGAUCAGCUGGCAAAGGAAGGAGUAAAACUGACCCAACACAUCGCUGCGGCUCCACUUUGCACCCCCAGCAGAGCAGCUUUCCUCACUGGCAGAUACCCCAUCCGAUCAGGGAUGGAUGCUAUAAACAAUUACCGUGUUAUUUUUUGGAACGGCGGCUCAGGAGGGCUUCCUCCAAAUGAAACCACUUUUGCCAAAAUACUGCAGCAGCAAGGCUACAGCACGGGACUGAUAGGGAAGUGGCAUCAAGGUGUUAACUGUGAAUCCCGCAAUGACCAUUGUCAUCAUCCUUUAAACCAUGGGUUUGACUAUUUUUAUGGGAUGCCUUUUACACUAAUAAGUGACUGCCAACCAAAUGAAACACCAGAGAUGGACAGAGCCUUUAGAAGGAAACUCUGGCUUUCCACUCAGAUGAUUGGCCUCGUUACGCUCACCGCUGCCCUGGGAAGACUGACCGGCUUGAUUUCAGUCCGCUGGAAAAUGCUGAUCUGCCUUGCUGGGUUUAGUCUCCUGUUCUUCAUAUCCUGGUUCUCAAGUUACGGGUUUGUACGAUACUGGAACUGCAUUAUGAUGAGAAACCAUGAAGUUACUGAGCAGCCAAUGGUGACAGACAGGAUUACAUCCCUUAUCUUGAGAGAGUCCAUUUCCUUUAUUGAAAGAAAUAAGCACAAGCCAUUCCUCCUCUUUCUUUCUUUUUUGCAUUCCCACACCCCCCUUGUCACCACAGAGAAGUUUCUUGGGAGGAGCCGUCAUGGUUUAUAUGGAGACAAUGUAGAGGAGAUGGACUGGAUGGUGGGCCAGGUUCUAGAUGUUAUUGACAAGGAAGGCUUGAAAAAUACUACAGUAGUUUACUUUGCCUCUGAUCAUGGUGGAUGGCUGGAAAGACAAGAAGGCAAAAGGCAGCUGGGUGGCUGGAACGGAAUAUACAGAGGUGGAAAAGCUAUGGGAGGUUGGGAAGGAGGAAUCCGUGUCCCAGGGAUAUUUAGAUGGCCAGGAGUGUUACCUGCAGGCACAGUUAUUGAUGAACCUACAAGCCUUAUGGACAUUUAUCCUACAGUAGUUCAUCUGGCUGGAGGGGUACUACCCCAGGACAGGGUAAUUGACGGCCGGGAUCUGAUGCCUUUACUGCGAGGAACAGUUGAGCACUCAGAGCACGAGUUCCUGUUUCAUUACUGUGGCAUUCACUUACACGCCGUGCGGUGGCACCAGAAGGACAGUGGAGCCAUCUGGAAAGCUCAUUACGUGACCCCCAUCUUCCGUCCUCUUGGAGCUGGGGCUUGUUAUGAUAGAGGAUUUUGCCCAUGUUUUGGGGAAGGCGUGACCCAUCAUGACCCUCCAUUGCUCUUUGAUCUCUCGCGAGACCCUUCUGAAGCCAAACCUCUGUCGCCUGACACCGAGCCCCUCUUUGACACUGUAAUAAGGAAGAUGGGAAGAGCCAUAGAAGAGCAUCACAGGACACUGACUCCAGUCCCAGAGCAGCUCUCCGUGUACAAUGUGGUGUGGAAGCCGUGGCUGCAGCCGUGCUGUGGGACGUUCCCAUUCUGUUGGUGUGAUAAGGAAGGUGAUAACAAACUUGCCGACCUCUAAAGGAAAGAACCAAAGUUGCUUCCUCCAAAGUGUUUUUAGAUCAAGAGUGUUUUCUUUGAGGGUAUUGAUUGAUGGGUUGGUUGGUUGUUUUAACGGAGACUUUAUUUGAGAAUUGUUCCAGUGAAUGGCACGAUAUUUGGUAAAGGUGGCUUUAGGCUGGACACUCUCAGGGAGGGAUCAAGACAGAAAGAUCUGAAGAGCAUGUUUUAACUUGCAUCUGCUGACAACUGAAUGAAUAGUUCAAAUGUAGUGAAGCAGGCCAAGAUUAGAGCUGUACAAGUAAUGAUAUAACUUAUGUUUUGUUGUUUAUGAAUGUAUACUUAGAAGCUUUGCUUUGGUUUUCUGUUCUGAAUUUCUAAGUGAUUCCUGGACUGAGGUCUCCCUUCAUUUUGUUAUCCUUACUGGCAAUGCAUAAGAUGCCCCUAUAAUAAAUUUUUGUAGACUA